GUCAUCCUGCACUGUCGUCGGACUCACCUCGAGAUAAAUGUCGACCGAUGUCAAGGCUGUCUUCCGCCUCUACCGAUCCUUUCGUCGGGAAAUCCGUCUUCUCCCAACCGCAUAUCUUCGUGAAUUCAUGAAGAUGAAGCUCAGCGACGACUUUCGGUCUAUCGUUGAGGCAAAGAAGGAUUGGGUACAAACAAAGAAGAUUAAGAGAGCGGAGUCGGAACUGCGUAAACUACAGCUGGCCAAUAGCGGGAACGUAAAGAAGUUUGAUUACGUUCUCGACCUCGCCUACGGCAGGAAAGGCAAGCUGAAAUGGGAGCUCUUGGAGCCACUGCUCUCAGACCCGUCCCUCCCGAAGCCUGAACGAAUUAUCCCUACAGUAGAGAGAUCCCGACCACCUGUCUAUCCUGCCGAGUUGACCGCCCUUCUCACCUCCACGGCCUCUCGCACAACACCGCCGGUCAAUCAGAAAGCGCUCCAGAAGCCUCCAAAGAUACCAGAACGGGCGAAUCCCAACUCGGAAGAGGCGAAGCUGCUUGGCCCAUUUAGCAAACGCCGAGAGGUCAAUAUCCGAUGGCGGUAUUACACGGAGCAGGUGCAGAGAGUGUUGCCUCCUUUACAGGUGGAAGUGGAGGAACAAGGUGCUGAGGGAGAACCAGAACGACGCUCUAACAAAGUCACGCUGAACCGCAUUGGCGUUCGCUCUGUCGGCAUGCAAGAUGAAGGCAUUCUCGAAGAGCUACAAACUCUGGCAAGACGGCCCUCGCACAAGAAUGCCCCCGAAGAGAACGGUCAGCAAAACGCGCCUUUCGCUGGCUCAGAGCUGCCGUCUCGUUUCUUGCGAAGGCGGUUUGCUCACUUGCUGGGCCGCAUUCCUGUCCUGAGAUACUCAUGCCCGAAGGAGAGAGACGAGGCAACGGACACGAAGAAGCGUACAGGACGCUAUCAGGUCUCCUGGGCCCCUGGUGCUGUGCAUCCCAAUCUGCGGUACUCACCAGAAAGGCUUGCUGAGGCAGAUGCCAAUGACAUCGCAUGGUUCGAACAUGCCAUGCUGGAAGAGAAGAUGCGGGCAGACGACGCCAAACGUCGACGCGCGGCAAAAUUAGAAGCAAUGAAUGCUGCGGCUACAACACAAUCCGAAGACAAUAAAUAAAUGACGCCUAAUGCGUUCAGGAUAAAGUCGAGAGGUGAUUGUCGCGAUUAUGAGCCAUCCUCUGCGGAAUUUUCCAACUCCAGCCCAUGGAGAUCAAUAACAUACAUGCUGUAGUUGCGGUCGGCCGCCUGUGCGCCCCCGGCUCCGCUUUGGCUCGGGUCAACGCCGCAUUGCAGGUCGAGCAUAGUCUUGUAUUCGUCGAAGCUGAACUCCUGCUUCUGGCGAAUGCUAUCAAGCAUAUCCUACAGAGGAAUAGGUUGAAUCAGGCUUUCGUGGUGUAACACGCUCGUUCUAUGGGCACAUACCUGAGGGGACAUGGCGAAUAGCGAGUAGUAUCGUUUAGCGCGCUCGAACAGGGCAUCAUGACCGUCUUCAGAUAUCGUCUUGAUGUUUUGCUGCAAG